AUGACUCAGGUAUUUGCGCUCCCGUACAUUAAAAAAUCAUCAUCUCCUAAGCAGCACUGCUAUGUUUUUUUUUGUAUUUUCCUUAUCCAGCCUAGGUUUGCAACCGUUGGAAUCUUUCAUUAUUGUUUUCAGGUACGAUACUGCGACGGCACCGGUGUUUCGUCCAUAUGUCAGACUUAUCGUAUCUUCGAAACGUGUGAAUCGAUACCGAACCUGGGCUUUAUCUGUUGUUGUUCAGGAAAUCUGUGCAACUCGUCCAUAACGUCACCCCACUUAAUCACGUUGAUAGUAUCAUUUCUAUUUUUACUUUAUCGAUUCAACUAG